UCAAACACAUAGCACCACAAAAUAAAAUAAUUACCAUGCCGGCUGGAAUUAAAAUAAUCACCGUGGCCGUUGGAAAUAUACAUUAUUAAUUAAAAUAGUUGUUGAAUCAUUCAAUCACUCUAGCAUUGUAUAGGCUCUUCAUACAAUGCUCAAAGCGUAAUUUUCUUGUCUUUUUUCUUUCAUUGGAAAAAUUUUACGUGGAUGAUCUUAAAUUUUCCUACAUCUAUGGAACACCUAGUAAGAAAAAAUACUUUUAAUUUUGUAGUUGAUUAAAUUAUUUUCUAUUUUAAAAUAAAAAUAUUAUAUUAUUGGAGUUGGAUGGAUGAAGAAGACUAAAAGAUGAGGUGUUUUUCCAUCAUCGUCCCAUUCAUCAAUAUUUGUUGGAUAUACAAACCUUUGAGAUACCAAGAACAUUGACUUCCAACAACAGUCUUCAAUGGAUAUUUUGGAAGACAAAAGAGUAGAGGAUGAUGAUGCAAUGAGAAAACUCUAUGAUGCAUCAAUGAAAGGAUGUGUGAGUACCUUAAACCAACUGGUCCAGAAAGACCCUCUUAUUCUGAGCAGAGUUUCACUAUGCCCCUUCACUGAAACCCCAUUACACAUAACCUCUUUGCUUGGAUAUUUGGAGUUCUGUCAGGUUCUGCUUCGGAAUAGUCCCAGUUUAGCCACUGAAUUGGACUCAGAAGGACGUUGCCCUCUUCAUUUGGCUUCAGCCAAAGGGCACACUGAGGUUGUGAAAGAGCUGUUGAAUACAAACCCAGAAAUGUGUUUGGUUCGUGACAAAGAUGACAUGCUUCCUCUCCACUUUGCUGCAAUGAGAGGGCGCCUGGAAGUAAUCAAAGAGUUGAUCAAAGCCAAGCCAGAUUCCAUUGAGAUGGUGGAGAGUGGUGAUCAAGAUGGCUCUGUUCUGCAAUUGUGCGUUCGCUAUAACCAUUUUGAGGCCUUGAAAUUGCUAGUGGAAUCACUGAGAGGUGACCGUCGGUUCCUAUCAGUCAAAGACAAAGAAGAUAACAGUCUUCUGUGCUUAGCAGUCAAACACAGACAAAUCAAGAUAAUUAAAUACCUGCUUUCGGUAUCCGAAAUGAGUCCAGAAAUAAGAAAUUUGGACAGGGAGAGUUUAAUAGCUAUGGAGACAUCGGAGCAGUAUCCAAGAGAUUUAAUGACGCAACAAGACGUCUUAAGUGAAGGAAUUGAAGAGCCUGCACAUGAAGUUUCCUCAGAAGACCAAAGGACUCUGUCAAUAUCUAGACAGGAAGAAGCAUCCUCACAAAGCAUAGGUGUUGUGAUUGUGCAAGAAGAUCCUCUCCAAGCAUCAUCAUCCUCACUAACCAACAAUGAUACUCCACAAACACCAGCAGCACCUUCACUAGCCAGCAACGAUCCUCCAGAAGCAUCACCAAACAUGAACAUGAGUAGCGAACAAGGAGAGGACAGGUGGAGCAGAUUGGAGAGGUUCUGCAGAACAUACCUGCUAGAGGAAGGGAAUUGGAUGGAGAAAAAGACGAGGGAGCAAUUGAUGGUGGCAGCAACUGUGAUUGCAACGAUGACGUUUCAGUCAGUGAUAAGCCCACCCGGUGGUGUAUGGCAAGGGGAUACAACAGAAGAUGGGUUUACAUGUCCUGACUACGGUUUCUGUCAAGCAGGCACGGCGGUUGUGGGUUAUGCUUGGUCACCAGAUUUUAUGAAGUUCAUUUUCUUCAACUCUUCUUCUUUCUUUUCGUCACUCUGUGUGAUGCUGCUUCUCAUGAGCGGCUUUCCGCUUGAAAACAGGGUGGUCAUGUGGAUCUUGGCCAUUUUGAUGAUCGCUGCAGCUUCCUGCAUGCUCCUCACCUAUAUGUGGGCAUUGGGCUUGGUUAGUCCCAAUCAUAUUUACUAUAGAAUUCGCAAACUGGGCUAUCUCUUAGUUGGUACCUGGUCUCUAUUACUCGCUCUCGUCGCUUUCGUACAAUUGGGCCGAAUAGCGUUCUGGGUUAAGUCGCGCCGCAAGAAAUCAACAAAUGCUCCAUUCUAACAAGGCAAAUUUGUUGCAUUGUGUGUUUGGGUAGUUUCUACACACAGAACUUCACUUGUGGUAAGAUAUUUUCUAUUUUGGGUCAAAUUUGUUUUUAGGUUUAAUACUUAUUUUGGUCCUUCUUUUGGAAUGGUUUGUUCAAAGUGGUCUUCUCUUUUUUAAAAAGUUCACUUAAGUCCUAGUUUUUGUAAAAACUGUGCAAAUAAGUCCUUUUUGGUAACGGCAGAAAUGCCACGUAGCUAAUAUCUGAUGAUUAGGCAUUGUUAUGGAUUUUAAAAAAAUAAAAAAUUGUGACUGUGUAAAUUAAAAUAAUUAGGAUUAAAUUAAAAAAUAAAUUUGGGAUUGUUGGGCGGGUUCAUCACGCACAUUGAAUCUGUUGAUGAUCUUCCACCCUCUUCAUCCAGCUUCGUUCAUCGUCAAGGAGGUUAUCAAGGAGGUUGUUUCGUUCAUCAUCAUUGUUUCGUUCAUCAAUACACAGUUUUUUAUCCAAGGGCAAACAAAUUAAAACGGCAAUUUUAAAAUCCAAAGACAAUAAUUAAAUCCCAAUCAGAAAGCA